AUGGCACCCUCAUUCAACCUGGGCGCACCUGUCAACACUGCUCUUCUACUUUACAUCCUUUACUCUGUACAGAAGAUUCUGCUGCCGUCGACGUCCAAGCCUUCCAAGGUCCCGAACGAGUUCAGGCAAGGCUACUCCUGGCUACCGAAGACUCAUCCGCCCACCGUCGUCUAUCAAAUCUACACACCGAAGACACUCGCUCCGUUCAACGGCGAGAAUGGAGGCCGCAUCCUGCUCGCGAUUCAAGGAACAGUUUUCGACGUGACUGCUGGACGAAACUUCUAUGGGCCAAAUGGCAUGUACGGAAACUUUGCUGGUAGGGAUGCCUCUCGCGGAAUGGCAAAGCAGUCGUUCGAUGUCGAAAUGUUGACGCCCAUCGACCAACCCUUGGAUAAGCUCGACGAUCUUAAGCCUGACGAAAUAGAGAACAUGAAAGGCUGGUACGAUCACUUCGCCAACAAGUACAUCAUAUGCGGCAAGCUUGUGGAGAACGACGCCAUUUGA